AUGAUAAAGACAGUUUGCAGCAAAAGUUUAGCCAAUACCUUUUAUAAAUAUAAGCGAAAAGUUGUGCAGCAUGUUUGCCAUAGCGUGACCCGUCUCCAUUCAUCUAAGCAAAGCCAAACACCGAAAAUACUAUUUUUUGGGACGGAUCGUUUUUCAUUGCCAAGCUUAGAGAAUUUACAUAAAAACUGCGGGUGUGAUAUAAAUAUGAACACACUUGGUGUCGUUACGUCCUUCAAGAAUCCCGCAAAUUGUGUCCGGAGUUAUGCUGAGCGUGAGCAUUUGCCAUUGCAGCAUUGGCCCAUUACUAGCGCAGACUGUGCCGGCUAUGAUUUAGGUGUGGUGGUCUCCUUUGGUCACCUGAUACCGGCAUCUAUUAUAAAUGCUUUCCCUCUUGGUAUGAUCAAUGUACAUGCAAGCUUGCUGCCUCGCUGGCGUGGAGCAGCACCUAUCAUCUACGCCAUUAUGCAUGGAGAUGCUAUAACAGGUGUUUCAAUUAUGAAGAUCGAGCCUCAUCACUUUGACGUUGGUGCAAUAUUAGCACAAAUGGAGGUACCCGUUAGAAGUGAUGUAUACAUGCCGGAGUUGCAUGCUUCCUUGGCACAGACAGGUGCAAACCUUUUGAUGGAAGUAGUAAAUGACAUACAUGAGAAACUCCAAAAUGCGAAACCACAAGAUAAUUAUUCUGCAACAUAUGCACCAAAGAUUACGUCGCGCAUUACGGAAGUCGUCUGGUCCGACUCGAGCGCAGUCGAAUUGUAUGCCCGGCAUCGAGCUCUCUACGGUUUUAAAAGUCUUACAACAAGUUUUCACGAAAAACAAAUUCAGUUACUGGAGCUUCGCGUUCCUGAGCAUCCUCUGACAAUGGCUUCCCAAACCCCCGGACACUUCAGCUACCAGCGUGCGCGAAAAUCUCUAUUGAUAAACUGUGCCUUGGGCACCCAAUUGGAGGUCUUACAGCUGCGCAUGCAAAACAAGAAACCAAUGAGCGCACAGGAGUUUAGCAAUGGGUUUCUGAAUUGUGGCAAGACUCUUAUGUUACAUUUUACGCAAAAUAAACAAUCUGCUUUUUGUUAACAAA